AAUAAUUAACCAGAAAAUUUAGCUUAUUCUCGAAACACCAAUUUCAAUUGAAUUUUUCAAGUAAUUAGAUGACCAGCAAAUCAGCAAUUCAACAUUGAAGAUUUCUCAAUCGUCGAUAGAUUACUUUUGGUCUUCGACCACGGGAUAAAGUCAACAAGUUUGAUUAUUCUCCAUGUCAGCAUUUAAUUUAGAACUUGGAACUAAGGAAUCACCCCAUUUAUACGUUGAACACUAUUAAAAUUGGACAAUAAGUCGAUAUUCUGCCUCAAGUUAUUCAUUAAUCACCCUACAUUCAAAAUGACCGAGAUCUACAUGCAUGUUCAACUUGUUUGCAAUCCGUUCCUAUAGCAACCGGUAAUGUGUUAUAAGUUGACAAAAAUGUAGUUAUAAGCUGAAAUAAUUGGAAUAAAAAUGAUAAAAAUAGUGUAAAAAUAUAAAUAUGGCUUUAACCGUAUUAGAAAAAUAUCUUCCAGUAGCUCCAGAAGACCUUACAGAAGAAGAAAAAGAUAAUUUAUUCCCACUGAUAUGUUCUUUGGAUAUCUCACUCGAUGUAGACACAGAUAAUUUCAUAAAGCUAUUCCAAAUUGCUCAAGAAAUAUUACGCUUUAAAGGAGAACAAGUUGAAUCGCUCGUCAAUGAGUUGGAUAAUUUAGCUACGAAACUUGGCGAAGAAGAAGCUAAACGUAGUCAGAAUUUUAUUGAAAUUGAAGAUCUUCGGUCAUCUUCAACCAGAACCGAUAAAGAUGGAACAUCAUCAGAUACUGACGACUAUCAACGUAAACUGGUUAAAAUGGAAAUUCAAAACGAUCGUCUUCUAUCCGAAUUACAAGAAAAAGAACAAGAAUUGAUGAAUGAGAAAAAAGAAAUCGAAAAAUUAUCUAUUCGAAUCACGUCGUUGGAAGAAGAAAACCGGGUACUGAAAAGCGAACUCCAAUCAACGCAGCAAGAAUUAACGAGUAAUGCUAGUGUAAGGAUGAUGACAGAAGAGCAAGAAUAUCCAUCUACAGAAAAAUAUCAAGAGCUAAUGGAACUGUUGCGACAGAAAAAUAAACAUAUUACUCAACUUUUGAAUGACAUUGAAGAUAUAGAAAGAGAAAACAACAGCUUGAGAGAGAAAUUAUCCAUAGUUCGGGACGAAUUAGCAGAAGGAGCUGAACAAAUGUCUAAAUUAUCCAUGGAACGAAUCAGUCUGAGCACCAAUGUUGAUGAAUUGAAAAGCAAAGUUUUAUUACUAGAACAAGAAAAUUUAGGUUUAAGGAGUCAAAUAAAUGAAUUAGUGGAAGAAAAAGAAACACGAAAUAAGCAAUUUGAAACCAACAAUACGCAUUAUGAAACCAAACUUCAACAGCUGAAGGAAAUACUUCAAAAAAGAGACUCCGAGUUAUCUUCGUUUAAAUUACAACAUAGCGUUAAUAGUUCUUUCAACAGAAAAUUAGAUGACAGCGGACACCUGACGCAACUGAGUAAUUUGAGCAAAACGUUGGCAGAACGAGAAAAACAAAUCGUCGAGUUGCAGCAACAACUAAAACAGGCCACUGUCGAUCUAAAUGAAAGCACUCAAUUACUCGAAGAGCAAAAGAAAAUUCUCCAGUCGAAAUUUGAUAAAAACCUUGAGUCAAACUUAUUGAAACAAUUGAAAAAGAAACUAGAGCAGGCUGAAAACAGAGUUGUAGUAUUGGACUCGAAAGUUAAACAUGCCGAGGAAGAUUCGCUCAAAAAAGCUCAAGAAGUUACAGAAUUAAUUAUACAACUUCGUGAAUACGAAUCUGGAACAUAUGGUUUAGAAGACGCUAUGGUUAGAAUCAAAGAAUUGCAGAAACAGAAACAAGUUCGAGACAAUCAAAUCGAGCAGCUGGUCCAAAACCUCAACCAGCUUCAAGAUGAAGCCAAUUUACUUGAACAAGAAAAUCAAAUUUUGAAAGAUCGUGUGGGAAUUUCUCACGAUGAGCAAAUUAUCGCCGAUGAUUUCGCUCGUCGUAAUCGAGAUAGACGUAGUAAACUUUCAGAAUUGACCGAACAGCUGGAAAAAACCAAUGACGAAUUAUUAUCGGUAAAAUUAGAUAAUAGAGAAUUAAAGAAACAAAUUACCUCCUUAAUGACUGAAUUAAACUUCUAUCGUUUAAAGGAACCUGCUUCAAUAGACACCCCAGAUGCAGCUUUACCAUCGGGAGAAAGCAUACUUCCGGAACCUUCAACCGCGCUCCAAAUUCUACCAUCUGAACCGGCCGCCGAAACCGGAUUAGAUGAGAAAUUCCAAGAAAUCGUUGACGAAAAUGAAAGCUUACGAAAAGGUAUGCAUGAAAUAUUGGAAAGCAUUCGAAAUCACGACGGUUCCAGUACGAUUCAAAUUGAAUCAGAGACAUUGGAGCAGUUACUAGAAGCGUUGGAUUCGAGACAUGUGAAUGGCUGGUAUCAACCUGGUAUGCGACUGCAAGCUCAUAUCCAUCAAUUAUACGGAGUGAAUAAAACACUACGAGAAGAGCUGCAUAUUUGCAGGUCUAGGGAGGAUGAUCUGCAUUUACAAUUACACGAAGCAUUUAAAAAAAUUGAACAAUUGGAAGAAAGUGGUUCUCAAGUACGAACUAUCACGUUCCCAGAACAGAGAAUACCUUCACCUAAACUCAAGAAAGCCAUAAGCUGCUCUGAAUCACUGCUGAAAUCGAGUCGUGAAUUAGAAGCGGAACUGGACCGCGAAAAAGAAACGUGUAAAAAUUUACAAACUCGAGUGAAUAAUUUACAAAACUCUCUGGACAGUUUGCAACAACAGAUGGAGAAAAUCAACGAACAAUAUGACCUCGAUAAAGAAAGUUGGUACCAUGUAAAAGUAUCCAUGCAACAAGAAAUCGACAAUAUCAAAAACAACGAAAUGGUAUUGCAAUUAAAAGUAAGCGAAUUUGAAAAAAGCUUGGAGAUACUGAAAGAGGAUCCAAACGAAAUCAAAAAAGCUUACGUAGAAAAUACAUUCAGGAUUUCUUCAUUAAAAGUAGACUUGCAACAAGUGAAUAGAAAGUACCAGGCGAUGGCCGAAGUUGAAAAUAAAACUCGUCAAGAAAAAAAUAAAAUAUCCGAAGAGCUAUACUUGAUCAAACAAUUGAAAAGUGAAGAAAUAUUACAGCUUACUAAAGAAAACGAUAGAUUAUCGAAUGAAUUAAACAGCCAUAUAAAGCAAUUAGAUCAAUAUGUCAACAUAUCAGAAUACGAAAAAAUCACCAUAGAUUUCAAUCAACUGACGAUCAAGCAUCGUGAAACUUUACAUAAACAGAUUUUAAUAGGUUCUGAUAAAGAUAAAUUAGUUACAAGGUUACAAAACGAAGUAGCCUCGCUCUCUUCGCAAAAAUUAGAGCUAGAAGUUAUACUAAAACAGACUUAUGAAGAAAACCGUCACUUACGAAGUACUACAUCCACCGUAGACGUUUCCGAACAGUUAAUCGCAUUAACAAAACAGUUGGCAUCGACAGAAUUGGAUAUCAUUACUAAAAGGCAAUAUUCUGAUCACAUGAGUCGCAUGUACGAGUUGACCAAAGAACAAUUGACUGAAACGGAGAACAGGUGUAAAUUUUUAGAGGACCAACUAUCGCAGGCCAUCGAAAGUAAUUCAUUGUUGCAGAAGAAUGAGGCGGAGCUACGCGAGAAAAUUCUAAAGGUGCCCAGCAAUGUCGAAUUUGACGAGAUAAUGAUGAAAUUGAAAAAUGCUGAAAGCAAUAUGAAUACGUUAUCGGCUCAGAAAAAAGAGCUCGAAGAAGUAGCCAAUAUAGCCCAAGAUCAAGUUAAAUCUUUAGAACAGUAUAAUAGGUGUCAAGAUUUCGAGUACGAUUCUUUACAAAGACGUAUCCUUGAGUUACAAUCUCUGAGCGACGAGAAGAUGAUAAUAGAUCGUCUUACGAAAGAACUUCUUCAUUUGCGAGGCAAUGGUAUCGUUAAUAAUGAUCAAAUCGAAACGUAUAAAGAUAAAGUGAUAAAAUUGGAAGCUGAAAUUCUCCAGACUAAGAUGAAACUAUCAGAAUCAGAAAAUGAAUACCAUCGUCUGAAAAAAGAAAGCAAUAAUAAAAUUAGAUCCAUGUAUUCGAUUAUUUACGAGUUACAAAAACGAUACUUGAAUUCGUUUCCUUUGAUCAAAGAAGAAUUAUGCUUCGAAAACAUAAUAAGAUGCAAAGAAGAACAAUUUGCGCUCACUUCGAUAAUACUCGACAUGAAAUUACCUACGGUAUCAAUUCUCGAAGAAACUGAAAGCGAUGAAAGUCUCACCAAAAGUCCUAAUUGGGAAUAUAAAUCUAAAUUUAAAAUUCAAGAUAUCAACAUGCGCCUUAUAAACGAAGGUCUGCAAAACAAAAUACAAAUAUAUGCUGAGCGGCUGGAUAGGCAGGAUAAGUUGAUUUGUCGUUUAGAACAAGAGAUGAAUCAUGCUGACGAACAAUGUAGAGAAUUUUUACUUUAUUGGAGUCCGCAUUCGAAUAUUAGACUUUCAACCGAACACGAUGACAGUGUGAAUAACAAAUCCACCCAAACCUCAGAAACUAUAGUUCAACCGCAAGAAAGCUACUCCGUUUAUGAUUCAGUAGAUAAAAUCAAACAGGCAAACGUCACAAUAAGUGAAUUGAACUCCAGACUCAAGUCAAUGGAUGAUGAUUUACGUAAAACACGCGAUCAACUGGCCUCUUUAAUGAUGGAAUUGAAAGAAAAGGAAUCGAUCAUCAGUGUGAAAGAAAAAGAAAUUUUGAGCUUGCAAAAAACAAACAACGAACGUGAAAAUUUUGAUGAACAUGACAGCAGCGAAGCAGAUGGAAACUCUAUAAAGAAAUUAGCUCUCAAAACGACAGUCGAUAGCUUACAAAAUAUAAUCCAUCAAAAAGAAGAAACUAUUGAAAGGUUGCAAAGUUUACUGAAGAAGAAUCGUGAAGAACAUUAUCAAAGUACUCUGGAGCUUCAGCGAGAACUAAAAGGUUUACAAGAAUCGACCGGUUCCAAAGAGCAGUCCUAUAGACUGAAGACAAAGUUAGAUGCUGCUGAGAAGAUCACCAAUGAUAAACGUUCAUUUUUCGAUUCCUAUCUCACUAAAAUUCAUAAACUGGAGGAUGAUCUUAACGAAGCGAAUGAAAAAAUCGAGCAAUUAUCGAGUCAAUUGGCAACAAGCAAUCAGCAAGCUGAAUUAUGGAGUCUUACUGCAGAAGAAAGACUAAAAACUUUACAGAAUAUGAAACAUGAACUCGAUGCUAAACAUGUCGGUAUUCCUGCAUCAGCCAGUAGCGAAUCUGGAAAAAUAUCAUAUUCGUCCCUAUUGCAAAUGGUUAAAGAAAAAACAGAGGAAAUCGAACGUUUGAAUCAAGCCGUCGAGGAUUAUAAAAAACGAUUAGGUUCAGGUGAAAAAUUACCUGGCUAUCGGGAUCGUCUCAAAAACGAACUCGAAAGAUAUAAACGUAAAAGUGAACUAUAUGAACAAAAAGAAAAAGAAGAUAAAGCCGAAAUUCAACGUUUGAAAAAUCAGUUAAUUUCUAGGCCACAAAGUUCACGUAAAAAAGAAAUUCUCAUUACUCCUAAAGAAGAGCAGCUCAUGAAGAAAAUCAAAUUGCUCGAAGAACAAUUGGAUGAUUUUGUCAUGAGAGAAAAGAAAUGGAAAGAAACCAGAAAGUCGAAGUGCGACGAAGAAGUAGAAAAAUGGCAAAACAGGAAACGAUAUCAACAGAAUUAUGAGAAACUCCGUCAACAAUUUAAAGAUCAAUCAGUUCAUCUCGAGUCAUUGAAAGUAAACAACGAAAGGCUCAAAGAGACUAUUAUUCGAUUAGAAAAAGAACGAUUUGCGUUGGAAAGUAAAUUAAAAUCAGCUAAAAAUCAAAGCUCAAAUUUGCCAUUGAUAGAAGAACUGCAAAAAAAUAACAGUAGGUUGGAAGAAGAACUCAGAAUUUUACGUAAAACUUGUGAAAUAUCUGGGUCUGGAUCGUUGACCGAUGUCAUCGAGGCACAAGAUAGGAAAAUAAUGGCUUUAGAAUUAGCUCAAAAGGGAGAUUGCGCGCUGGCUGAAGAAAUAGAACGGCUCAAUGAACGCAAAUCUCAAUUACAGAAGUACAAUAUACAUCUAGAAGAAGAAAACAUGCGUUUGAAAUUGGAAAUUAAAGAAUUUAAAUCUAAAUUACGUAUUCCAGAUGAUACAAAUGAAGGAACUUCAAAAAUGGCCCUUCGAAGUGAUUCUAGAUCUGGAGAUGAAGAUACUCAAAAAAUAUUAGACAUGAAAGGAAAUAAACGAAAAAAUGGCGAUUUAGAGAAGGCUGUCCUAGUGUUGAGAAGAGUCGUUGAAAAAUUACAAGCCGAGAAUAAAAGAUUACAUAACAGUAAAAUUAACCAACUGCAAGAUAGAAACUACGUGGAAAAAUUGCAAAUGGAAGUGAAUAAUUUACAAGGAAAUUAUCUAGAUGCUAUUGAAAAAGCGUCGGUAUUAGAUAAAGAAUUGCAAACAGCUAACGAAAGAAUAGAUUCAUUACAGAAGUUGAUUCAAAGGCUGCACAACGGUGAAGAAAUUGCAUCGAUGAAAGCUCAGCUGACACAGAAGAAUCAGUUAUUGACCAAAGUGAAGAUUUUAUUGGAGAAAGCUGCUGCGAGAGAGAAAGAAUUGAUUGACAAGGUGAACGAUUUGCAAAGAAUAAAUCCGUCUUCCUUUAAAUAAUUCUUUCUUCUUCAAUGAAUCUUCUUAUAUACGUACAUUAUGUCAAUUAUUAUAUUAGUAUCGUUGUUGUAUUUUUUGAUUGAAGUAAUUAAAAUACAUAUUUUUAAUGU